UCGAGUGUUUUCACGUGAUUCUAAACCACCAUGUCGUGUGUCAUUUUUGUAAGAGCAGGAAAUAUGUAUAUUUAUACCGACUGAUAACAGAAUCUAAAGUAUAGUACUUUUAACAAAAUUAAUACAUGCACUACUUUUACUUGUCAUAUGAUAACAUGUAAAAUCACAUGUUGAACGUUUUUGUGUGAUGCAGAGUAUGUCUUUCAUGUGCAACCAAAUUGAUGUGUCAUUGACCUCAUUGUAUAAAGCUGAAGCGAAGACUCUCGACAAAUAUUUAGGAAAUUAUCAUCGACCCCGAUUUAUUUUGUUAACUGAAACUUUACAGAAUAGACAAUGGAAUUAAGCCAAAGCUGCGAAGGUCAAAUCAAAGAGUCAUCUGAGCCGGAAGUAAUUAAAAUUUUGUUCCUCGGUGGUAUCGGAGGCGGGAAAAGUUCUACAAUAAACACGAUUGUGGGCCACACAGAAUGUGAAACCGGUGAUACUUUCAUUGUUGGAAAACAGAUAACAGAAAAAACUCAGAUUGUUACAUAUAAAGCAGACCGGGUACUGCAGUUCAUUGACACUCCCGAUAUAGAAGAACUUCACCAAGACAAAAGGUUCAACGAAUUACGUAGGCAAGGUUUUCACGCUGUGAUAUUAGUCAUCCCCGUAAAGGAACACGUUCGGAACAUGAAGAUGCUCAGUCAAUUAGGGAAAUUACUAGGAAGUGAUUGUCUGAAGUUUCUCAUCGUGCUUCUUACUUUUAAAGAAAAUUUAAAGGACUCAAGUCUUGAAGAAUUUAUAGAAAUAUUGGAACUGGACUUGAAGAAUUUCAUUAAACGAUGUCCGAAACGAAUCGUUGAAAUCAGUAACAGUGAUUUGUCUUUAGAACAUUCAAGGAGUCAGAGAGAGUUCUUCAUCAAAGCUCUGGAAGAAGUAUUGCAAGAAACAAAGGGGGACGUUAUUACAAAACCAUCGAGAAUCCAGAAUCGAGUGAAAUGUUGCGGAUGCUUAAAUGAGUGAAAUCCAACAUUCUACACCUCAACACAACUCUUCUGAAAAAUAAAUUGGGAGAAAUAUG